AUGGACUCAAAACCAAAGAGAACCCUAGACCUCACUGUUCUAUCGGUGGAGGACCUCCACCCUAACUGGAGGCACGCCGCUCAGAGCCUCUACGUGGUGGUGCGAGCAGACUCCAUCGCCAGCUACGCAACCGGCACGGCCACGGUAGAAACCACUAGCGAUGGCAGCGGCAACCCGUCAUGGAACGAGAAACUAGAGGUGGACGUGCCGGCGCAGGCGAGGUCCGUCACGCUGACAGUGAAGUGCAGGAACGCGCCGAGCAUGAAGGACGUUGGGAUAGCCAGGAUAGCCAUAGCCGAGUUGCUCAGCGCCGCGGCAGCUGCAGCGGCGGCGGAGCAGAACCUGCAGAUUCUGAGUUACGGGCUGAGGGAUUGGGAAGGGAGACGCAGUGGGGUGAUUAAGUUCUAUGUUAGGGUUAGGGAACGGGAUAUGCUAAGUUCUUUUUCUGGCAACGUUGUUGGAAAUGGUUUAAUGUAUGACUGA